CGAGGCCUCGCCGUGCUGCUCAUGGAGCUCCGGGGCGUGUGGCCCAAGGCGGCGCAGAUCCUCAGCACGCGCUCGGACGUGCUGCGGUGGCCGCAGGUCCGCAGCGCCCUGCAGUGCAGCUACGAUCACUGCGCGCCGUUCGAGGAGGCGGACGUGAUAGAGGUCCUCAACAACGAGUGGCCUGGCUGGAGCAGGGAGUACUUCCUGGGCGGCGUGCUCGGCACCGGCUCGGUGGGCCAGGUGCACGAGCUCGUCGGGCGUUACAGUGGGGAGAACUUCGUGCUGAAGGUCGUGUUCCAGAAGUUCUACGCCAGGAUGGCCGAGGACUUCCAGCUGCUGCGUGCCCUCGGCGAGAACGACGGCGACGACGACAUCGCCAGGCUGCUGCGGGAGAUGUGGCUCUGCCUGGAGGAGAGCGUGGCGGAGAUCACCAACGAGUUCGACCUCGUGCACGAGGCGGAGGCCACCCGGGCUGGCCGGGAGGUGGUCGCCAAGGCGCAAGCGGAGUCCGCCGCGGUCCUGGCGCGCAUCGAGGGCGCCCGCGGGAUCCGCCUGCCGCGCUUCGACGUCGUGGAGGUCGUGGACAUGUGGCUGGGCCGCUCCACGAUGGUGCAGAAAAAGGCCGUCGGCGUGCCCCUGAGAAACUUCCUCGCCGACAUUCAGCCCGCGGAGAUGAGGGUCCAGGCGAAGACGGCGUACUACGAAGCCAUCUUCGAGAUCUGGGGGCGGAUGAUCUUCGAGGAGAACUUCUUCCACGCCGACCCCCACCCCGGCCAGUUCCUGCACGACGCCUCGGCUGGGCCCGGAGGCAAGCUCUGGCUCCUCGACUGGGGCCUCGUCCAGCAGCUCCCGAAGCCCGUCCACCGCCAGCUGUGCGAGAUCUACUCGCUGCUCGGCUCGCUCUACGAGGAGGUGCCCCAGGCGCUGAAGGCCGCCCCGGGCAUCCUGCGGCGCUGGGUGGGCGCCUUCGCCGCGCAGGAGGCGCUCGAAGGAGCCAUGGACAUAGUCCACCGCCGCUUCUGCGAGCGCGUCGCCGACGCCAUGCGGAAGAUGGGCUUCAGCACGGCGCAGAACAACAGCCUGAUCCUCACGGCCACCGCGCUCUCCAUCUUCGACACGGCGGUCCAGCACGCGGACGUGACGAAGACCAGGGUGUACCAGCAGAUCGACCCCCUGCAGGGCUGGCCGGCCGACAUCCUCAUCUUCUUCCGCGCCACGCAGACCUUGGGCGGCCUGACCCGCGACCUCAGCGAGGACAACGGCGGCAUGCUGUCCACGGUUCGCUCCUGGUGGCCCCACGCGCAGAGGUGCACCGCCAGGUACCAGCAGGAGGAUGAGGA